AUGGACAUUCGGAACGAACGCAUCAAAGCCUAUAAAAUUGCUAAUUUUUUAAAAGUCCCGGAGAACUUUCCAGGUGCCUAUGCAGAAAACAUAAAAGUUCACCUAAAUGCCAUGAUAGAUUUUGAUGGCGCUCCUGCGGUGUUGUUAUGCGUUUCAACGGAGCGUCAGUUCCUGACAGACUUUGUAGCGGGUGCGGAAAGUACAGCUGGUGGCCGCCUGGCUCGCUGGCUGGCUCCGACCUCACAUGUCGAGCCCUCCAAGUGCGAGCUGAAGGCCCCUACUCUACCAGUGCGGCCCUCAGCCAGGGUCACGAUCCCCAUUAUCGUACGAGAUCAAUACGGAGAAAACGUAUCCUCACCAGCACUGAAAGUUGAGGUGGUGGUGCAAAGACUCAGUGCUGGGUCGGGUCUCCCAUCGAACGUGGAGUACCAACACCACAAGAUCCCCGACGUGCCAUACCAACCCACUGUCCGAGAGAACAUGUGUUUCCACGCGAUCACUAUGAUGAAGGCGUAUCAAGAGUUUUCGUUUGAGGAGCUCCGGUUGGCGAGUGAGUCUUGGAGUGACGGUGGUGCAGUGGGCGGUGCAUUCGUGCAUAGCGGUCGCAUUCCGGCCGAACGUCUGCCCGUCCGAGAGAACCCGGACGGGUCUUAUGUAGCCACCUGGAUCCCCAGAACAGCUGGGGCUUACGUCUUCAGAUGCACCCUCGAUGACUUGCCAGCUUCACAGGAAGUGACAAUAGAAGUGGCGGAGAGCAUGAUGGAGCCAGCUGAGCGUGGAUGUCAGGCUGGGGGCGUGCUCCCCACCACGCCGCCGACUAAGCUGCGACGUUUCAUUGCGCGGUUCAGCGCUGGCCUCCGAGUCAGGGCAAGCCCCAGUCUCCAGGCCGAGGAAUUAGGCCGAAUACCUGCCGGCGCCAACAUUGCAUUCGUUGAAGAAGUGGUGAACAAGGAUGGCACGUGGGUGCGUCUUAGUGCGGAGUCUGUGCGCGCUUAUACUGACGAGCUUACAGAGGUGGCGUGGUGCAUACAACAUCAUCGUCAUCUAGAUAGGGCUCUGCUGGUACCCGUAGAACCGACCACGCCUCUACCGUCUCAGGACGAAUGUUCUGGUAUAUGGGGCGGCUAUGGCGAAGCCAGAGAAGAUCUACAACUAUGGGCGCAAGACGAUGAUGACAGCGCGUUGACUGAUAUAACGUGCAUUGACGACAGAGCCUUCCCGUACGGACAAAUACAGGCUGAUGGCAGCCCGUUCAUGUUGCCCGGCUCGUCGGAGCCCAGCAAGCGCAGUCGCAGCCUCCGAGGAGAAAUAAGCUCCACCUCGUCUGCUGCUUCAUCGCCUAAAAGGUCACAACGUCGCAGCAAUGGAAACGCCGACGAAUGGUGGUCUCCACUCAGGCAGCGAUUCGGAGAUAAUACUGAUAUCAAUGCUAUACAGGAGACGGAUAUUGAACCGGAGCCCCUACUGGUGGAGACUCGCACCAGUCGGGUCGCUCAGACGGGCACACAGACAUCACCCGACAGAAGCGAUAGUGUGUGUACCACUAUGCAACUGUAUAUGGGACCUUCCAAAUUAAAUCAACAGGAUCUCCCUGGCCGUCUAAGCCCAAAGGCAGUACCACGAGAUCGGGCCUCGAGUCGCGCUCGCGCCUACAAGCGAACAUCAUCACCACCCCCGCUGCCAACUCGGUCGGCGCCGGCGCCGCCUCCGCCAAGAAAACAUGCGCUAAGUCCUGCGCAAGCUGAGUGCUUGCGAGCAGUUUUCGCCGCUCUGCUGUGGCAUGAAGGCAUAGUCCACGACGCCAUAGCAUGUGCAGCCUUCUUAAAGUUCCACCCGCAGUUACCCAAGCAGGGAGCCCGAGUUGUGACUCGACCAGCUCAUGACGUCACUCCUGCACGACACCAGAGGCACUCCGUCGAAGUCUCUAAUGCUGGCCUGUACUUACGUAUCCACCCUACGACGUUGGAGACAUUGACACGCUCCGGCAUCGAAGCUAGCACCAGUCGUAUGCGCAAGGUGGACUUCGAUACACCAAUACGUGAAGAGGAGAACUUACCAGGCCCCAGUACUGAACCAGCGGGCUCCUCGCGUUACGUAGUCAACGUGCUGCCUCCUGCGAUGCGUGCGCUUGUAGCGCUUUGGGAUGCUCUCUACGAUGCUGAUCAACUCACAUCAGCUACGGACAAGUUGAAGAAAGAAGAGAAGAACGAAAGCGAUGAAGGGAAAUCGUACAGCGGUAUCCGCAAGAAGAGAGAGUGGAACACGAGGACAGGCAAGACACCUUACUCUGGUAUGUACAUUGUAUAA